UCGGGUCUCCCGGGUCUUCCAGGUCUCCCAUGUCCGGGCCGCCCUGGCUUUCCAGGUCUUUCGGGUCUCCCGGGUCUUCCAGGUCUCCCAUGUCCGGGCCGCCCUGGCUUUCCAGGUCUUUCGGGUCUCCCGGGUCUUCCAGGUCUCCCAUGUCCGGGCCGCCCUGGCUUUCCAGGUCUUUCGGGUCUCCCGGGUCUUCCAGGUCUCCCAUGUCCGGGCCGCCCUGGCUUUCCAGGUCUUUCGGGUCUCCCGGGUCUUCCAGGUCUCCCAUGUCCGGGCCGCCCUGGCUUUCCAGGUCUUUCGGGUCUCCCGGGUCUUCCAGGUCUCCCAUGUCCGGGCCGCCCUGGCUUUCCAGGUCUUUCGGGUCUCCCGGGUCUUCCAGGUCUCCCAUGUCCGGGCCGCCCUGGCUUUCCAGGUCUUUCGGGUCUCCCGGGUCUUCCAGGUCUCCCAGGUCCGGGCCGCCCUGGCUUUCCAGGUCUUUCGGGUCUCCCGGGUCUUCCAGGUCUCCCAGGUCCGGGCCGCCCUGGCUUUCCAGGUCUCCCGGGUCUUCCAGGUCUCCCAGGUCCGGGCCGCCCUGGCUUUCCAGGUCUCCCGGGUCUUCCAGGUCUCCCAGGUCCGGGCCGCCCUGGCUUUCCAGGUCUCCCGGGUCUUCCAGGUCUCCCAGGUCCGGGCCGCCCUGGCUUUCCAGGUCUUUCGGGUCUCCCGGGUCUUCCUGGUCUCCCAGGUCCGGGCCGCCCUGGCUUUCCAGGUCUUUCGGGUCUCCCGGGUCUUCCUGGUCUCCCAGGUCCGGGCCGCCCUGGCUUUCCAGGUCUUUCGGGUCUCCCGGGUCUUCCUGGUCUCCCAGGUCCGGGCCGCCCUGGCUUUCCAGGUCUUUCGGGUCUCCCGGGUCUUCCUGGUCUCCCAGGUCCGGGCCGCCCUGGCUUUCCAGGUCUUUCGGGUCUCCCGGGUCUUCCUGGUCUCCCAGGUCCGGGCCGCCCUGGCUUUCCAGGUCUUUCGGGUCUCCCGGGUCUUCCUGGUCUCCCAGGUCCGGGCCGCCCUGGCUUUCCAGGUCUUUCGGGUCUCCCGGGUCUUCCUGGUCUCCCAGGUCCGGGCCGCCCUGGCUUUCCAGGUCUUUCGGGUCUCCCGGGUCUUCCUGGUCUCCCAGGUCCGGGCCGCCCUGGCUUUCCAGGUCUUUCGGGUCUCCCGGGUCUUCCUGGUCUCCCAGGUCCGGGCCGCCCUGGCUUUCCAGGUCUUUCGCGUCUCCCGGGUCUUCCUGGUCUCCCAGGUCCGGGCCGCCCUGGCUUUCCAGGUCUUUCGCGUCUCCCGGGUCUUCCUGGUCUCCCAGGUCCGGGCCGCCCUGGCUUUCCAGGUCUUUCGGGUCUCGCGGGUCUUCCUGGUCUCCCAGGUCCGGGCCGCCCUGGCUUUCCAGGUCUUUCGGGUCUCCCGGGUCUUCCUGGUCUCCCAGGUCCGGGCCGCCCUGGCUUUCCAGGUCUUUCGGGUCUCCCGGGUCUUCCUGGUCUCCCAGGUCCGGGCCGCCCUGGCUUUCCAGGUCUUUCGGGUCUCCCGGGUCUUCCUGGUCUCCCAGGUCCGGGCCGCCCUGGCUUUCCAGGUCUUUCGGGUCUCCCGGGUCUUCCUGGUCUCCCAGGUCCGGGCCGCCCUGGCUUUCCAGGUCUUUCGGGUCUCCCGGGUCUUCCUGGUCUCCCAGGUCCGGGCCGCCCUGGCUUUCCAGGUCUUUCGGGUCUCCCGGGUCUUCCUGGUCUCCCAGGUCCGGGCCGCCCUGGCUUUCCAGGUCUUUCGGGUCUCCCGGGUCUUCCUGGUCUCCCAGGUCCGGGCCGCCCUGGCUUGCCUUGCACGUCCGCGUCAACCGGGCCUCCGGGUCAACCGGGCCUUCCACGUCCGGGUCAACCGGGCCUUCCACGUCCGGGUCAACCGGGCCUUCCACGUCCGGGUCAACCGGGCCUUCCACGUCCGGGUCAACCGGGCCUUCCACGUCCGGGUCAACCGGGCCUUCCACGUCCGGGUCAACCGGGCCUUCCACGUCCGGGUCAACCGGGCCUUCCACGUCCGGGUCAACCGGGCCUUCCACGUCCGGGUCAACCGGGCCUUCCACGUCCGGGUCAACCGGGCCUUCCACGUCCGGGUCAACCGGGCCUUCCACGUCCGGGUCAACCGGGCCUUCCACGUCCGGGUCAACCGGGCCUUCCACGUCCGGGUCAACCGGGCCUUCCACGUCCGGGUCAACCGGGCCUUCCACGUCCGGGUCAACCGGGCCUUCCACGUCCGGGUCAACCGGGCCUUCCACGUCCGGGUCAACCGGGCCUUCCACGUCCGGGUCAACCGGGCCUUCCACGUCCG